CCGUAGCUCCUCCCCCUUUCCCUCGCUGCUACUCGCAACGCUGAGAGAUAGGAAGUCCCAGAAGGAGUUCACGUGAUAUUUACUCCAUUGUCAGGAGGCGUGUCCUAAGUGCGUUCACCUCACAGCGUUGCACCGGGGUCUCCAAGAGAACACCAUGGAACUCUCCAGGGUCAACCAACUCUCCUAUGAGGACUUUGUCAGCACCUUCGGCAAUGUGGUGGAGAAAUGUCCCAUUGUGGCAGCAGCUGUGUGGGCCAGGCGACCCUUUGGCAGCGUCGACGCCUUGGAGGACGCCAUCAGUGACUUCAUUGACGCUUUGCCUGAGUCAGGUAGAGAGGGCAUCCUCCGGUGCCACCCGGAUCUGGCCGGUCGGGACCUCCGGGUGGGCACGCUGACCCAGGAGUCUCUGAAGGAACAGGCCAAUGUGGGCUUGGACGCGCUGACCUCCGAGGAGGCCACCAGCAUGGCACGGCUCAACGAGGACUACAAGGCGCAUUUUGGCUUCCCGUUUGUCAUCUGCGCCCGCAUGAACGACAAGCCCAACAUCUUCCGGCAGAUGCGAGCUCGCAUGGCCAACGAGCGCGCGGCGGAGAGAGAGCGCGGCAUCGAGGAGGUCAAGAAAAUAUGUCGUCUGCGUCUUCGGGACCUCGUGCACGCUGACGCUCGAGUCACAUUGUAGCCUCACAAAGUCCACCAAAAGGCUUUUAUUUAAAAAAGAACUAAAGAGCAUGCAAAAAUGUGCUUAUAUUAAAAAGUUUUUGCCAAAGUCUUGGUGUUUUUGCAUAGUUUAUUUGUGCCACCUCGCGUCAAAAAGGGACUACUUUUUAAGAGACCCC